GUCACGUGCGCCCAAGUCCUCGGCCGGCCGGGGCAGCGCCGUUCCCAUGGUUCAAGGCUGUUGAUGGAGAAGGGGGCGGAUGACAGCCGGGACCGUGGUCAUCACUGGGGGCAUCUUGGCGACUGUGAUUCUGCUCUGCAUCAUCGCCGUUCUGUGCUACUGUCGGCUCCAGUAUUACUGCUGCAAGAAGGACGAGUCGGAGGAGGACGAGGAGGAGCCUGACUUUGCCGUGCACGCGCACCUGCCCCCGCUGCCCGGCAGCCGCAGCCUCGUGCUGACCAACGGGCCGGCGCUCUACCCGGCCGCCUCCACCUCCUUCAGCCAGAAGACCCCGCAGGCCCGCGCCCUCUGCCGCAGCUGCUCCCACUACGAGCCGCCCACCUUCUUCCUGCAGGAGCCCGAGGACGAGGGCGUGCGCAACGGCGGGGAGCGCGUGGCCUACCAGAGCGUUGGCCAGGAGGACGCGGAGCUGUCCCCCGGGGGCUUUGGGGGGCUGCAGGCGCUCAACCCCAACCGCCUGUCGGCCAUGCGGGAGGCCUUCUCCCGCAGCCGCAGCGUCAGCACCGACGUCUGA